AUGGAAUAUUGGCUGUCUACAGAAACAGGAAAGCGUGAAUCAAGAACCCUUAGAGGGAAGCGUGAAUUAGAGAUAGGGGAGAGGCAGGAAAGCUUUAAAGAGCGAAAUCUAGAGACAAGAGGGCGCGAUAGAAUAGGUGGCGUCACCUCAAAUAUAGCGGUGCCAAAUUUUGAAUUUCAGAGAGCCAUCAUUUCAAGGCGAAACCCUGCACUCUCAGCGGUUGCUACGGCUGGCCUCUUUUUCGUUCAGCGGCGUCAAAAUCGUACCGCAGUGGAGUCCGAAGGAAGACGAACAUUUGCUUAUAGCAAAAUAAUGGCCUUCGCUCGAACGAGUGACGCAAUAACGCACUCUACCUCGAUUGGGCUUUGGAAAUACGUCUCAAGAUUUCGUAUCGUGCUAGUUGCUGUAGUGUUGGCGGUGGCGCUAGGUGCAAUGAGGGAGCUAGGGUUAAGCAGUGAAGAAGUUGUCAUAGGAUACUAUCCUACUAUAAUUACGGCUUUUGGAGAAGUAGACAGCUUGCCUAGUGUUGUCGAAGUUGAAACUGCUUCUCGGAAUGGAAAAAAACGUACCUGGGUAACGUGCCUCCUCCUUGCUGCUCUUCUUUUCUCUUUUUCUCUCAUCGUCGUUUCCCAAGUCUUUGGUAAGCUGAUCAUGUCAAGGGCACAGCUGGCCUGUAUUAACUCUAUAAUUGAACAAGCAGAGAUUCUAGACACAGUAGCUUCAAUAAGGAGACGGGAAACUUUUUUAGGGGAUACGGCAUUUACUAGACUUACGGGCUAUCUUUCUGCACCAACACCAGGUCUCAGGAAUACAACCAGAUGA